AAACCCUUCCACCUAUAUUUCAAGAACCCUAAAGCUUAUAAAACUAGCAAAUGUUUAUCAACAAGUUAUCCAAAGAUCCUAUAUUCCAUAUAUAUUCUCUACAUAUAAGCAACAAUAAAUGUUUCUUGCAACACUGAGCAACAACAAAUUAGCUAGCUAGGUUUCCCAUGUCCCUUGGAGAGAAAUCAGAAAUCAACUUUUUCUCUUCUUUGGGAAGUUCUUUUAGUUAUUCAAUUUUCACACACUUCUUAAAUCUAGCUUUUCAUGUGUUUGUUUGACAAAGGAAAAAGUGGUGCAAAAGAAAAGUUUUAUUUUUUCCCUUCUUUCAACUUUUCUUAACAAGUUUCAAGCUCUACCUAGCUAGGAUUUUCUUUGAACUUGUCAAAUCCUUGAAGUUUUUAGUUGAAGAAGCAAACAAAUCUUUAGCGUAGUUGGAAAAAAAAAACAAAUAAGAAAUGGAAGAUGAAGUGAAGGAAGAGACUCUACCACCAGGAUUUCGUUUUCAUCCUACUGAUGAAGAGCUUAUAACUUAUUAUCUUGUGAACAAGAUUUCUGAUUCUACUAAUUUUACUGCAAGGGCUAUUGGCGAUGUCGAUCUUAACAAAUCUGAGCCUUGGGAUCUUCCAGGAAAGGCGAAAAUAGGAGAAAACGAAUGGUAUUUCUUCAGCCUUCGAGAUAGGAAGUAUCCAACAGGAGUCAGAACAAAUCGAGCAACAAACACUGGAUACUGGAAAACUACUGGCAAAGACAAGGAGAUCUUCAAUAGCUCAACAUCAGAAUUGGUUGGUAUGAAGAAAACAUUGGUUUUUUAUAGAGGAAGAGCUCCAAGAGGAGAGAAGACCAAUUGGGUAAUGCAUGAAUAUAGGAUCCACUCCAAAUCCUCCUAUAGAACACACAAGCAAGAUGAAUGGGUGGUUUGCCGAGUAUUCCAAAAAAGUGCAGGAGGCAAAAAGUACCCUUGUAACAAUUCAAGGGCAGUUAAUAUGAACCCCUACACUCUUGAGAUCAAUCCAAGCACCAUGUCCUCACAAAUUAUUCAAGCUGAUCAUAUUCAAGGCUUCCAAUUAGCCAUGGGAAGAGGUUACAUGAACCAUGCAGAUGCAGAAAUUCAAGAAUUCAAUAGGGUUUUUCGAGGCGGUUCGUCCUCGUCUAACAUGAGCUUCCCAGUUCAAUCCCAGAUGAAUUACUCUAAUUUAGGUGGAGGAGGAGGUAAUUAUUUCACUAUUUCAGGCUUGAACUUAAAUCUUGGUAGUGAUGCCACCACAUCUCAGCCUACUUUAAGGCCAAUGCUGCCACCACAAGUCAUGAACCAGCAAGAUAUGAUGACAACUGAGGCUGGUUAUGGUUCAGAUAUGAAUAAUAGUGGAAAUACUAUGAAUAGAUUCAUGGCCGUCGAGAAUUGUGCUGAUAAUUUGGAGAACUAUUGGUCUCCUUAUUGAUCUAUAACGAUUUUCAGGCUAUGUUUUUCAAAUCCUCCAAAAAUAAUACAGAUCCGACAAGAGAUAUUACAACAUUUUUAGAGGAUCCUAUCAACAUAACUUCCAAAUAGAAGAUCAUCUAAUAUAAUAGGACAAGUUUUAUCUUAAAUUAAGUAGCUAGUUUGGCUAUAUAGAUAGAUCUAUUUUCUUCUAAAGUUAUUACUAGUACUUCUAUAUUUGAUAGGAAAUAAACUCACCAUCUGUUUUUUUUUUAAGAAAAAUAGGUUUUUGCUUUGUCACUCUCAAGAUCCUGUUGUUUUUCUACCUGUGCAAAUUGGUUGACAAUGUUAAAGCUAAGGAAUUGUUUGAUGGAUCGGAAAAGAUUUUAUUUUUCUUCUGUUA